AUGGCGGAAUUGGAUAAACAAGAGCCCAUCGCCAUCAUCGGAGCGGCAUGUCGACUUCCAGGGGGCGUCUCGUCCUUGGGCAACCUUUGGGACAUGAUCAGCCACGUCAAAACCGGCCAUGGCAAAAUCCCCACCGAGCGGUGGGAUGCCGAUAUCUGGCACCAUCCAGAUCUGGAUAGGAAGGGCUCAGUCAGUGCAAAAGGUGGCUACUUUCUCGAGCAAGAUGUUAGCCACUUUGACGCCCCCUUUUUCUCAACCACGGCCAAAGAGGCGGCUGCGAUGGACCCUAUGAAGCGAUUGCUGCUCGAGGUCAGCUACGAGAGCUUUGAAAACGCCGGUGUUCCUGUGGAGAGUCUAAUCAAUUCCCAAACUGGAUGCUACGUUGGUUGCAUGACAAACGACUAUGAGAUGCUCUCGUUACGCGACAUCUACGACGUUGGCCACACUGCUGCGUCGGCCACCAGCGAAGCCAUGACUGCGAAUCGUGUCUCUUGGUUCUUUGGUCUGCAAGGUCCGAGCCUGACACUCGAUACGGCUUGUUCCUCGAGUCUGUACGCCCUGCACCUCGCGUGCCAGUCCCUGAAACUCAGAGAGACUGAAAUGGCCCUCGUUGCUGGAGUCAACCUGAUCAUCCACCCCAACACCAUGCACCAGUUCUCAGCCAUGCACAUGCUUAGUCCGGAGGGAAUCUCUCACACCUUCGACGACCGGGCAAACGGCUACGGCCGCGGCGAGGGUAUCGGGUCCCUUGUUGUCAAGCGCCUCUCUGAUGCUCUCCGAGACGGCGACACGAUUCGCGCCGUGAUUCGCGGCACUGGGGCAAAUGCCGAUGGCAGGACGCCGAGUAUUACUCAACCCAGCACACUCGCGCAGGCCAAUCUCAUCAAGAGGACCUACGAGGCCGCUGGGCUGUCUCAGACGUCGACGCAGUAUUUUGAGUGUCAUGGUACUGGCACUCCGGUCGGUGACCCGAUCGAGCUGGAGGCCAUUGCCUCGUCCCUCGGCGCAAGCCGCGCUGCCGCCGGUCUCGGUCCCUUGCUUGUGCCAACAUACGGCGUCGAGAGGCUGAACCCCAAGCUCAAGCUCGCCGACUGGAACCUCGCCCUGCCCCAAAACACGAUGAAGUGGCCUACGCGUGGGCAGCGCCGUGCCAGCAUCAACUCGUUCGGCUUCGGUGGUGCCAACGCGCACGUCAUCCUCGACGACGCAUACCACUACUUGAGCGAGCGAGGCCUGGUGGGAAAUCAUAACACCACCGUGCUCGAGGAUGACGGCGGCUCUGAUUCGGGCGUCAGUACGGGCCCGGGCACACCGGUGCUCACUGACGAUAAAAACGCCAGCUUCCUCUUCGUCUUCAGCACCAAGGACCAGGCCGGCAUCCAGAGGCUCGCGGCCUCUUACGCCGACACGCUCCAAAAAAUCGGCCUGGACAAGGCAGAUCCCCAAUGCCUCAGCAACCUCGCCUAUACGCUCUCAGAACGACGCUCGCAUCUCGACUUCCGCAGCUCGUUUGUGGCGUCAAAUCUUGCGGAGCUCGGCGCGCAGUUGUCCAAGGGCCUGCCCAAGACCAAGCGCUCCUCGCGGCAGGACAACAACCUUGUCUUUGUCUUCACCGGUCAGGGCGCACAGUGGCCGGCCAUGGGGCAGCAGCUGCUCAGCAAUGCCGUGUUUUAUAAGAGUAUGCGUACGUCGCAGGAAUACCUCCAGGAAUUGGGCUGUGAGUGGGACGCGUUUGAGGAGCUGGAGAAGACCGCCGACUCCAACAUCAACUUCCCGCAGUACAGCCAGACGCUGUGCACGGUGCUUCAGGUCGCCCUGGUAGAUCUGCUACGGUAUUGGAAGGUGACGCCCAAGGCGACGAUUGGGCAUUCGAGUGCCGCGGCCUAUGCCGCAUCCUACCUCACCCACGCGGACGCCGUCAAGGUUGGCUACGUGCGAGGUCUCAGCUCUGCCACUGUGACCCGCCCGGGCGCCAUGCUGGCCGUGGGCCUCUCUCGAACCGAGGCCCUCGAGUACCUCGCCCAAGUCCCUCACGAGUCCGCCGUCAUCGCCUGCAUCAACAGCCCCUCUAGCGUGACUCUCUCGGGUGACAUUGAAGCCAUUGACACCCUCGAGACCCUCAUCUCGGGCGACGGCAAAUUUGCGCGCAAGCUCAAGGUCAAGACAGCCUACCACUCGCCGCACAUGCGCUCUGUCGCUCAAGGCUACCUCGAGCGCAUGGGCCAUAUUUCUCCCCUGACCAACAACGCCGCCGACGGCGAUGAUGCCAAUAAGACGGCCAUGUUUUCGUCGCUCACGGGAAAGCUGCCUUCUCAGCUCUCCUCGCGCACACUUCCCCGCUCGCUAGAUCGGAAUAUACGCUGGGGCGGUUUCGUCGAGAUUGGCCCGCAUGCCGCCCUCCAGGGACCGGUGCAGCAAAUCGUAGCUGCCAGCAGCAGCAAGACGGGCAAGGAUGCCGUGUACACGUCGAUGGUGUUGCGAGGCAAGGAUGCGACCGAGACGGCGCUCACGGCGGCCGGCCAGCUGUGGGCUUUGGGCUAUGGCGUCGACCUUCUGGCUGUGAACGCGCGCGAGAGCGGGUCGUCUGUGGUCCGCCACAAGGCUCUGACGGGCUUACCGACGUACCCAUGGAACCAUACUCGGAGUUUCUGGCACGAGGCGUACUCGACGCGUUCGAAUCGCUUUCCGUCAGCCCCAAGGACGGACCUUCUGGGUGUGCCGGAGGACCUACAAAACAGACUGGAGCCGAGGUGGAGGAACCAGCUGCGCAUCUCGGAGAAUCCCUGGAUCGAGGACCACAAGAUCACCGGGACGAUCCUGUACCCUGCGGCGGGGAUGCUGGUCAUGGCCAUGGAAGGUGCACUGCAGACUGCUGACCCGGCAAGGAACGUGCAAGGCUUCCGCUUCCGGGAAGUUCGGUUCGAGCGUGGCCUGGUGGUGACGUCCGGCGAUGAGGCUGCUGUCGAAACACGCCUCAGCCUGCAGCCGCACAAGGCGAUAUCUGGGCAUUUCCAUUUCACCAUCUUUUCCACGACCAGCUGGAACUCCUGGGUGAAGCACUGUAGCGGUACUGUGGUGCUCGAAUACGCCCCUCUCGGCGCGAGCGAAGUUGAGGACGCGGCCGUCGACGUCGUCUGGGGCCAGCAAUCGCAGCUCUACAAGCAACUUUCGGGACACAGCAAGGCCGAGAGUGUCGAUGUGGGCAUAUUCUAUGACCAUCUGGAGACGAUAGGCAUGGAAUAUGGCCCGCUCUUCCGGAACGUCGUCUCGUUGUCGGCCAUCCCUUCGCUGCACGCCGCGCACGGCGCCGUGGUGAUUCCCGAUACCAAGUCGAGCAUGCCGGCCAACUUUGAGUUCUCCCACGUCAUGCAUCCCGCCACUAUGGACGCCAUCUUCCAUCUCCUCCUUGCGGCCUUUUCCGGCGGCCAGCCCAUUGCCGAGGCGGCUGUGCCAUAUAGCAUUGACGACAUGUUUGUCGCCGCCGAGCAGCCGCAGGGCGCCGGUGGAACCUUCCAUGGCUAUGGUCAGCUGGUGAAGAAGAAUAGGGGCGGGCGUGAAACGAUUGGAGAGUUGGUUGUGUCCGAUCAGGCUUGGUCGGCGCCCAAGCUGACGGUCAAGGGCUUUGCGCUACGGCAAGUUACGUCUGCCGACGGUGCGAGUGCUGCUACCAGCUUGCGGACGGAUGCUCUGCGGAAGUGUGCCUGCGUGAAAUGGAGUGAGGAUGUGGACUUCAUCAAGAGUGCCGACGACGUCGCCCGGCUCCAGGAUGCAGAGGGCAAUCAGGGAGGUCAUCUCUCGGCUCAAUUGUCCCGGUGGCUCGACCGGCUGGCCCACAAGAAGGCGGUUGGAAAGAUCCUUCUGGUACUCGACGAGGAAUGCAGCAGCACAUCUGAUAGUGAUCGUCUGCGCGAAAUUUUGGCCCAUGUCAGCCGUCGAUGGGGCUCCGAGAAGAUCACUGUUACGGCUACGGGUGCUACCGGAUUAGACACGCUGCGUUCUGUUGUGCCCUCGUCGUCAUCCGAGUUAGUACUCGAGUUCUGGGAUGCCGGCAAAGACGAAGAGCUAUCAACGGCCCAGGGCGCUUACGACGUCGUGCUCGUUGUCGGCGACCGGACUGUUCGGCCACAGUCUGGGCCUCUUGUCAAGUUGCAGAAGGUGCUCUCCCCUCGAGGUCACGUUGUCAUUCUCCCGACCGAGCUGUCGCCGGCCGCGACUGAGGCGACUGAGGCGACUGAGGCGACCGAGGCGACCGAGGCGACUUCGCUGUUGACGUGUCCAGUAGCAACCACCACCGGAGCCACCUCAAGCCUCUUCAUUACGUCUGCUUCUUCUUCCUCUUCUUCUUCUUCUUCUGUUGAGGCUAGGACGACGACGCCAUCGGAAGUCUUCAUCCUCCUGCCCUCCGCUGCCUCUUCCCAAGUCUUGGCCCUAGCAUCCACCCUUACCAACGUCCUCCACCCUCUUAACAUCAACGUCCAAUUGACAACUCUCUCCCCUACCAGAACACCUCAGCUGGUUGGCAAACACAUCAUCUCCCUCCUCGAGAUCGAAGUUCCCUUGAUAUACUCCUGGAGCGAGACCGAAUUCACUUCGUUCAAGUUACUCAUCUCGUCGGCAAGCCACCUCCUCUGGCUCACCCGUGGUAGCCUCCUCGAAUCCUGGGCCGCCGGUGUCGAUUUUGCCCCCGCCCAAGGCCUGCUCCGAGUGUUGCGCAAUGAGUACUCCCUCGCCACCCUGCCACACCUCGACCUCUCCGCUGGGUUCGACCUGAUGAGUCCCAGGAGCGCCGAAUUAGUCCUUGGUGUCUGGCAGGCCUCUCUCGCAGAAGGAGCUGAGAUGGAGUACGCCGAGCGUGACGGUCACAUCUACAUCCCUCGCGUGGUCGAGCAUGCCGGGUUCGACGGAGAGCUACAGCUCGCAAGCGGCAAUGCGAAACCUAUGCGCAGCCCAGUCCAUGGUAGUGGCACGGCGCUGAAGCUCGCGUCUUCCGUCGACGGAGGGGAUUUUCUUUGGGUCGUCGACGAGGAUGCCACGCUACCACUGGGCACCAGCCAAGUUGAGGUCGAGGUCGAGUUUGUGAGUCUGAGCGCGAGGGAUGCUUCCGCCGCUGGUCACGACCACGACGCCGUGUCGCCUGGUCUGGGACAUGAAGCGGUCGGCGUUGUUUCCCGGUGCGGCAAGCAUGUCAAAUCGGUCGUUGUCGGCCAGCGAGUGGCUGUCUUCCAGAGCCAGGCGUGCAGAACCCACGUUCGCCAGGACGAGGGCCUCGUCGCGGCCAUGCCGGCUGGUCUACUCCCGCAAGAGGCCGCUGCGCUGUCGAGUGCUUUCAUUGCGGCGCAGUAUGCCCUCGUCGAGGUUGCCGGCCUGGGCCGGGGCCAGAAGGUGCUCGUCCACUCUGCCGCCAGUGCUUUGGGCCAGGCUGCCAUUCAGAUCGCCCAUUUCGUUGGAGCCGACGUCUUUGCCCUGGUUGGAUCCAAGGAACAGAAGGGCGUCUUGGUCGAGCAAUACGGCAUAUCUCCCACUCGCAUUUGGGACUCCGCUUUGCCAAACUUCGUCACGGCCAUUGCGCAGGCCACCGAUGGCAGCGGCGUCGAUGUCGUGCUCAAUAGCCAACAGAGCCCGGCCGUACUGCCAUCGCUUGCAACCCUUGGAGACUUUGGGUACUUCCUCGAUCUCAGCACCCCCAUGCCCGACUCUCCGCAACUCCACCUGCCUUCCUUCAAGCACAACGCUUCCCUCAUCCGCAUCGACAAGGACCGUGUUGUGCAGGCGAAGCCUGACGUUGUUCAGACGCUCUUUCAGCGCAUCUUCCACGACUUCUGCCGCAGCGGCAGCAUUCGGCCCAUCUGGCCCACUGUCGUCUACUCUGUCAAUGAUAUGGUGGCGGCCCUAGAUGCCGUGAAGGCGCAGGACCAUGGCAAAGUCGUCCUGUCGCUCAGCAAGGACGCUUCGGUGUUAACGCUGCCGCCACCUGCGCCCGAGCUAGCAUUAGACAAGACUGCUACGUACGUGCUUGCUGGUGGGCUGGGAGCAUUGGGGCUGAGCAUUGCCGACAUGAUGGUGGAGCAUGGGGCCGGGCACCUUGUCUUCCUGUCGAGAUCGGGCGGCAGCAAGAACGAGAAGGACUUGGAGGGCUUCCGUAGCCGUGGGGUGCACGCGGAGGCUUUCAGGUGCGAUGUCAACGACGCCCGAAGUGUGAUGGGCGUGUUUGACCGGCUGAAGAGUGAGGGGCGCGUGGUCAAGGGCGUGGUUCAGUGCGCCAUGGUCUUGGAGGACGCCAUCUUCGAUAACAUGACGUACGCCAAAUGGUCGCGCGCCUUUCUACCCAAGACGCAGGGCUCGCGCAACCUCCUCGCCCAGCUCUCACCCGCCGAGGCGCCCUUCUUCAUCCUGCUCUCGUCCAUCACCGGCAUUAUCGGCAACACGGCGCAGGCCAACUACGCUUCGGGCAAUACGUUCGAGGACGCGCUGGCUCACUACGCACGCAGCCAUCUCUCGACCGCCGCGACCAGCAUCGACGUCGGCUUGGUGUCCGACUCGUCGCACUUCACCUCGACCGGCGAGUUUGGCGAGCUGGAGAGUUACCUGCACCGGUACCAGCACGGCUGGGCCGGUCUGCAGACCAGCCUCGAAGAGUUGCGGGUUGUGCUCCAGGCGGUGAUGAGGGGAUCGACGGCUGACGGACGGGAGGUGCCGGCGCAGCUUGUGCUGGGUGUAGGGGACGCGCUGGUCAGGAAGGAUGAUCAAAGCGGGUUUGAAAGAGACCGGAAAUUUGAGUUGAGAGUUGUCAGCGCCGAAAGCGAGGCUGGUGGUGAGGGUAGGGACAAGGGCGUGGGGGUGGGAGAAAGGCUGAGCACGGCGACGACGCUUGGUGAGGCCUCGGCGAUGGUGGAGGAGAGCUUCAAGGCACAGAUUGCAGCGGCCAUUGGCGUCGAGGUGGACGAGGUGGAUGGACAGAAACCAUUGCCUGAAUUUGGGGUGGACUCGCUCAAGGCGGUCGAGAUCCGGAACCGCGCCCUGAGGGAGAUGCAGAGCGACAUUUCCGUCUUUGAGCUGUUGAGCGCCACGCCCUUGACGGAGCUGGCGGUCAAGAUUGCCUCCCGGAGCGGGCUGGUCAAGCUGGAUUCUGAGCAAACCAGUCUCUAA